UUUUAACAAUGAUACGAAUUAUUCAUAAAGGCUAUAGAUUGUUAGUAACUAGAAUACCACGUGAUCAAUAGUAUUUAUUUCCUUCGAUUUGACUCGAUGAACAGAGUUGAACAGAGAACAAUUGUUGGUUGGUUUAACAACAUACAUUUUAUUUUAUUACAAAUGUAGUUUGUUUCAAAUGCAUUCUUCUAAAGUAGGACAUCAAGUUCAUUGAGAAUAAAAGGGAAGAAUAGUUUUGUUAUUGUUAGGUGUUAUCUAACCUCAAAUGUGUCGCUCGUGAUAGUUAAGUAAAUUACACGUAUAAACGAAGAAUCAUUUUUCUUCUAUUGUUAAAUGUUAAACACUGACUGUUAGACAUUUAAAAAAAUGAGCGACUCCGAAGAUGAAAAUUAUGUUACUUUUGGAGUUCCUCUUGAACCAAUAGAUGAAGAUAAUGUACCAAGGAAAAAACCAAUGACAAUUGAAGAUCAAUAUGCGUAUGAUGCACAAGGUAGGCGAAGAUUUCAUGGUGCAUUUACAGGUGGUUUCUCCGCUGGAUAUUUUAAUACUGUUGGUACAAGAGAUGGCUGGAGACCGCAACAAUUUAAAUCAUCAAGAAGUAGUAAAGCAGAAAGUAUCACUCAGCGUCCGGAAGAUUUUAUGGACGAAGAGGAUACAAGUGAGUUUGGAAUUGCACCAACUGGCAUUCGGGCUAGUGAAAAUUAUGUAAAUUCUGGUCAAAGAGGUACGAAACGUGAAAGAAUUACUCGUGAUAACAACAAUCCUAUUCCUGGUACUCCAGUUUUAAAGGAGCUUUUGAAACCUGUGAAAGAAACAGUUGGUAUUAUAUUAUUAAAGAAAAUGGGAUGGAGACCAGGUCAAGGUGUAGGAUCAAGACUUACAAAAAAACAGAAGGCUAAAAUUAAAAAAAAAAACGAAAGAAUGAAAGAUAUGCAGCAAGGAUCUAGGAAGCUAAACUUGGAAAAUAGCUCUGAGGAUUCAGAGGAUGACUAUGAGAAUGUUACAUUUGCACCUGAUGACUAUGAACCAUUUAGAUGCAAUCCAAAAGAUAAUUAUUUUGGCAUAGGAUAUUGUGGUUUAGACAGAAGAACUAUAUUGUCUGGUCAUGUAAAUUUAUUUGAAACUCCGGCAUUUAGUAUUCGGGAUAAAAACAAAAAAUUAUCGAUACAUGGGCAAGCAUUUGGUGUUGGAGCGUUUGAAGCUGAUGAUGAAGAUAUAUAUGAGAAAGAAGACAUGUCGCGUUAUGACUUUUCCUUAGGGCCUGAACGAAAAACCAAAACAAGGUGGUCUGAGGAUAGUAGCUCGAGAAAUUUAAACAACUGUUUAGAAGGUUUCGUGCUGGCAAAAAAUAAAUUAGAAUUGAAAAAAGUCUUCCCACCUCCGGAAUUGCCCAAGAAUUUCGUGCCUGUGCAUACAAUUAGAAAAAGUAGAUUUUACCCACCAAUCGAAAAUGUUCCUCGUAGAACGGAGAAUGGAAAACGCAAAGAUCUCACAGCUGCGGAUAGAGCCAAAAUUUUGGAAGAUACAUAUAAUACAAAAAAACCAUUUGAAACGCAUCCGAAUUUGGUACCAUCUGUGGCUUCUAAUAUCAUCUCGAAAACGUUAAAUUUACAUGGGAAACAGCAAACGGAAGAAAGACAGAAAGAAGAAAAUCAACGUACCAAAGCAGCUGUAUCAUGGAUGGAAAAACUAACUGCCCAAAGUUUUGUUAAAGGAGGCACCGUUGGUUCCAGUAAAGAUUCUGAUGGAAAUUUAAAAAAAUUAGAAGAAUUCAAGGAUUCUUCGACGACCUCUGAUAAACAAAAUAAAUUGCGUCAAGAUAACGUUGUGAAACCAUAUUUUUCUGACUCUGGUAAACAAAGACGAUUUGAGCAAUAUUUAGUCUUUGUAAAAGAGGGAGAGAAAAAUAAGCUCGAAAGUAUACAGCCAUUGUCUAUGACAGAAUGGGAUAGAGAACAUGAACGAAUUGAAUUUGAGCAAGCAAUCAAACUGUUUGAACAACCGACGAAUGAGUAUGUUGCGAAUAAAUUUACAAGUGCUUCUGAUCCCAGUAGAUCGGACGUUUUUGCACAGUCUAGUCAAGAAGAUGAAAUUAAACAGGCUGUAAAGAUGAAAAUGUUUGGGAAAUUAACUCGAGAACAUGUGGAAUGGAAGCCAGCCAGCAUAGUUUGUAAAAGGUUUAAUAUUCCAGAACCAAAGGUUGGUUGUGCUCAGCCAGAGAUGCAAAAAAGAUCGGCAAAGUUUUCGAUCUUCGAUUCUCUCGAUUUUAAUAAUUCCGUGAAAUUUUUGCGAGCGUCGAAGGAAAUAAAUGAUGUUAGUACGUCAUCAAAUGUUAGUGAAAAUACUGACAAAAAUAUGCUUGAUAAUACAGAAAAACACAUUAUUGACAAUACGGAUUCAAAUGUUAAAGAGACGAGUGAUGAUAUAUUUUCCCACAAUCAUGAAACUAUCGAACUUGUAUCAGAGAAGAUGAGAAAUUUCGAAGUCUCUUACGAGAAAGUUUUCGGAAAGGAAGUUUCAGAAACAUCCUUAAAAACAGAUUCAAAUAGAACAACAGAUACAGAAACUAUGAAUCAACAGGAAAGUCAAAAAAAUAUCAGUUCCACAAUGAAAACCUCUACGUCAAAAAGUAAAUCAGAAGAAAAAAAAGAUCUUUUUAAAUCAAUUUUCUUAAGCAGUAGCGAAGAAUCCGAUUCAGAGUCAAACGAAAGCUUAGACAGCGAGGCCGUAAAAUCGGUUUUGAUCGGUAAAGUCCCAAGUGAGGUAAAUGUAAAUAGAAACACCUCUCCACCACGGGGAAUUUUUGCAAAAGUGGAUCUGGAUAGUUUAGUUAACAAUACAAAAAGUAACGUGCAAUUGGAUGAGACAACGAGCAAAGAGAAAGAUGUUGUGAACACAGUAAAUUCUGAAUUAGAAACUGAAUCCCAACAAGAUAAUUCUAAUUCAAAUCUUUCGGAGACUCAAUUGUUAUCGAAUAUGUACGGGCCUGUUCUUCCUUCGAGAUUAUUAAAAACUGAAAGUAAAACCGCAGAACCGUCUAGUUCUCAAAUGUUAAAGCCUGUAUUUAAAAGUGUCGUAGUACCGAAACCUAAAGUGGACUCUGAAAUGUGUGGUGUAUGGGUGGAACGGGAAAAAGUGAAGAAGUCAAAAAAGGAGAAGAAGAAGCACAAACACAAAGAACAUAAAAGUUCGAAACACAAGCGGAAAUCAAAAAAAGAAAAGCGUGCUUCGUAAUAUAAGAGAUUGGAGUUAACAAAUGCAGAAUGAACUCGAAGCUCAAAGUUAGACAGUGACCUUUGUAUCCUUCGAAUUCCGAAAAUGUUCAAUCAUGAUUACGGUGAGUAAUUUCAAUGAUCACGAUUGCUUUUCGUUUCAUUUCUUUCCUUUUUAUACAUUGCACUCUGUACAUUACAUAUACGUAUGUGUAUAUAUUUUAUAAUGUUAUGUAAUUUCAUUUGUUUCUUGUGUCAAUUUGACAUAUUUCUCUUACAAGAUGUCACAUUGUAGAAGUAUCUUUAAUAUAUAUAUAUGUAC